AUGCUCGACAUUCUUAUCCAGUAUGCACCAAAUUGGACCGAACACACGACAUGGUUGGUCAUUGUCGCUUUCGUCUUUGCCUUCUUCGUUUCAUAUGGAAUGGGAGCCAAUGAUUCUUGCAACGAUUGGGGACCGGCUGUUGGAGCUGGAACUGUAAAACUGUAUCAAGCUUAUAUUCUCUCGGGAAUUCUGAAUGUUGCUGGAGCGGUUUUGUUAGGAUACAAAGUUGUCGAAACGUUACGAACUGGAAUCAUCGAAUUCAACAUCUUCGAUGUCUAUGCUCAAUAUAACGCCACCACAAAUCAGUAUGAUACAGUUGAUCACUGUGGAAACGCGACGCUUGUCGGAGGAUGGAAAUCUCCAGACAUCAUGCCAGGAGCUCCACCAGUCGAAUGUGCCAAAUACACUUCCAUUGACUUCAUGCUCACUCAAACCGCUUCUCUCGCUGGAGUCGCCGCUUUCAUGAUUCUCUCCUCCUGUUAUAAAAUUCCAGUAUCUGCCACUCACGCUGUCGUCGGAGCAUCAGUUGCCACUUCGUUCUACAUUCGAGGAAACGUUGGAAUCAAAUGGGGAGAGAUCAUCAGUAUUGUCAUCUCCUGGUUCAUUUCACCAGUUAUUGCUGGAAUCAUUGCCGGAGGAAUGUACUACAUUAUCAAGUAUUCGGUUCUGAUUCGUCAAGACACUUUCAAGUGGGCUCUUCGUCUCUGUCCAGUUUUCAUGUGCUUCACUCUUGUUGUCAAUUUGUAUGCCUGCAUUUAUGAUGGAUCAAAAUAUCUCGGUCUCGAUAAGCUAAAUGCCACUGAAGCGUUCUUGAUCUCUGUUGCCAUCGGAGUCGCCGGAUGGGCUCUACUCACUUUCCCACUCAAAAACUGGCUUCCAAACCGUGCCAAGAGACUUUAUGACAAAGAAACUAUCAAGAUGCAAAAAAGAUUGGAAGCUGGAAAAGCACCAAAAAGCCAUAAAAUCAAGGAUAUGCGUGAGCCAGAAGUUGCCGAGAACAUCAAAGAGCUUCCAUGGUACAAAUAUUUCUGGGCCUAUGUUCCAGAAGAUCGUCUCACCAAAAAAGUGUUCAACACCCUCCAAAUUGUCUCCUCUUCUAUGCUUUCCUUCACGCACGGAGCUAAUGACACUGGAAAUACCAUCUCUCCACUUCUCGCAAUCUGGCUCUGUUACGAGUCUGGAUACGCUUUUGGAAAUGCUGAAACUCGUGACGACACUCAACUUCUACUCGGAUACGGAUCUCUUGCCAUGAUCGUUGGAUUCGUUACUCUUGGACACAGAACCAUCAAACUUUUGGCUCAUGAAAUGACUGUUGAUAUGUCUCCAAUCUCUGGAUUCUGUAUUGAAGUCGGAACCGCUUUCACUGUUCUCAUCUGUGUGAAGCUUGGAAUUCCAAUCUCAUCAACUCAUUGUACAGUCGGAGCAGUUGUAUUUGUCGGAAUGGCAAAAUCAACAAGUGAAGGUGUUUCUUUCGGAACAUUCCGAAAGAUCUGCUUCUUCUGGUUUCUUUGUUUCCCAAUGUCAGCUGCCAUUGGAAUUGGAACUACAAUCAUUCUCCAACAAUUCCUUUAG